GUCGAUCCAUCCCUCCAUCCGCUCUCUCUCUCUCUCUCUCCCUCUCCGCGCGCACUGCACCGUAUAAAUGCCAACAGCUGAUCGCGAGAGUCACACUCACGAGAAGCUGCAUGCGGCGACAGAGGCAACGAGACGAGGGGAGGACAGAGAGGGAUGCCGUCGAUCCAUCCAUCCAUGCCUUCAUCCAUCUACGAGGAAUGUUUUGGUGAUCCUCUGCGCGUUAACGCGGCGACCAUCAACAGGAACUAAGGACUACUUCUGCGGGGGAAGAAACAAGACUCCUCAGAGAAGCUUUUCAAACAUCCCUUACCUCUUCUACCUCUGUCUCAUCUACUUCAGAGACAUCCUUCUUUCACCUCUUGCUCUCUUUUUAUUUUUUGUUUUGUUUUUUAUUUUCGUUCAUUUUUUGGGGGGGAGAGGGGGGGGUCCUUUUCCCCUUUUUUUGUUUUUGUUUUGUUUUUUGACAUCUCUUCGACAACUCUCCCUCCUCGAUUUUCUGGUCUUCCGCCCGCUUGCAGCGCAAACGCCACAAGGCACCCCCCAGAGGGAGCUGUCCGGUGCUGAAGUUGCAUUUCUUUCCACUGAGCAGGCAGAGGACAGACGCGCGCGCACGCUCAAGCAGAAAACCUGACUAAAAACUGAAAAUUCAGCACCACUCAACUCUCCCAUCGGAUCUGUUUCUUCUCCGCGCGCUUCCUGAAGACAAUCUUCCCGCCGUCCGCCGCUCUGCUUGGCGUUUUUUACGGAGCCAUCAGCACGCUGGCCAGGCCGUCGGCGCUCGAAGUGUGUGUGCCGCCACGAUUGUGAGAGUGUGUGCAGUUGCGUUUGAGUGUGUGUGCGCCCAACAUCAUGCCAAGGUCUUUCCUGGUGAAAAAGGUGAAACUGGAUGAUUUCUCCAACGGGGCGGACCUGGAGAACGCCUACCGGCACAGGACGGACCUCAGCCUGCGGCUCCACGACAAAGGUGGCUACAUCAGUGACUACAUCAGCCCUGUCGUGUAUGACGGAGAGAGUGAUGGUGGCAUCAAGGUGCCCUCUCCCGAUCCCCUCUAUGAUGGUAUCCACAGCGACUACGGCGCUCCUGACUCAGAGUCUCCCGAGAGUCCCAGCUCAGAGAUCACGGAUGGCUACAUCAACGGCGACACUGCAGUGAGUGAGGGUUACACAGUUGAUGCCUUCUUCAUCACCGAUGGCCGCUCAAGAAGAAAAGCUCUCGGCAGCCCCAGGAGCCUUCAGAGGCACACCUGCAACGAGUGCGGCAAAACCUACGCCACGUCUUCCAACCUGAGUCGGCACAAACAGACACACCGCUCGCUGGACAGCAAGCUGGCAAAGAAAUGCCCGACCUGCGGGAAAGUGUACGUGUCCAUGCCUGCCAUGGCCAUGCACCUGCUCACUCACGACCUCAAGCACAAGUGUGAUGUGUGCGGGAAAGCCUUCAGUCGACCGUGGCUCUUACAAGGUCAUAUGCGCUCGCACACAGGCGAGAAACCGUUUGGUUGCGCCCACUGCGGGAAGGCUUUCGCGGACCGCUCGAACCUGCGCGCUCACAUGCAGACUCACUCGGCCUUCAAGCACUUCAAGUGCAAACGCUGCAACAAGACCUUUGCGCUCAAGAGUUACCUGAACAAGCACUAUGAAUCUGCCUGCUUCAAAGGCCCCUUCUCCCCUCUUGGCCCCCUAGAUGCAUGACAGCUUAAAAAGAUCAAACAACUGACAAAAGCGCAGACAUGAAGUACCAUUAUCCUUAAAGACUGAAACGCAGACAGUAUAUUUUUGGGUCAGAGAACGACCUUGCUUCCUCGUCCUCAACCCGUCCUUUUACUUCCGCCCCAACACACUUUCCUUGGAGCCUCUUGAUGAUGAACAUAAUGAAGAUAGCACAAUUUUUUUCCUCCUUGAGAUUUGCCCACUUAAGGAUUUAACUGAUCGACGCAUGCACUUCGUCAAAAACUCUUGACCUCUUCUUCCUCGGCCUGUUCAGGAUAGAGACAUUAAUACUAACAAAGCUUCCUCUCAGCAUCUAGAUUUAGUACGACAGCGUAUUUUUUGGGGGGGGACAUUGAUGAUGAGAAUGACAAGAAAGACUUUAGUGAGCCUAUAGCUACUAGUUUUCUCUCUGCACUGAAAUGUGGUGAGUUUUUCAUUCAGAGUUUUCUUUUUUGAGGGAAAGGGGGGGUAUAGUUGUAAUAAUAAUAUUGAUAAUAAUGCUAAUAAUGAUGCUCUGCUGCACCAAGUGACCAUUAUCCCCUCCACUAUUGAGGUAUUUAUUUGUUUUUUUUUAAAACUUAUUUAUUUAUUUAUUUAUCUAUUUAUUUUUUUUUUUUUUUUUCAGUUAUAUUUUUAUAUGUGAUUUGAUACUUAUUAAUUUGCACUGUAUGUUGUUUACAUGUGUGUUGGAUAAAUGCCAAGCUCUUUUUAACCACUACAGGCCAAAGCAUAAGUCACUUUUCUUUUUAAACUUUGUCGUUUAUUUAUUUUUUCAAAUAUGUUGUUUGUUUGUGUUUUUUAUAUAUUAACAUUGUUGCAUGCAAAAAAAGAAAAAUAAUAAUAAUAAUAACAAUGAAACCUAUGCCAACAUCUUAAAAAAAGCUUAUGAUUUUUUUUGCCAAAUUACUAUAGAUAGAACCCGAGGGCAAUAUUUUUUUCUCUUGGAGCCUCCAUAGGACUCUUCAAAAGCAAUAAUCACCUAAUGCAUGGUAUUUUAUGAUGAAGUUAUGAAGUAUUACCUACUACUGUAUAGCAGUUUUGAAAAUCAGGUAUGUCUUCACCUAUAGUCAUAAACAGAAAAAAUACUAAUAUUACAGACAUCAGGGAACAUGCCAAUGUAGUGUUAGAGCAACAAAAAGAAAAGUCCCGUCUUUACUCUCUUGUUAUGCACUGCCUGCCUCUUAGUGAGUAGAACCGUUUAGGUUGUAGGCUAGAGAGGCUGGGAUCAGCUACCUGCUGGGUGUGAUACCUCUUAUAGGACAACUAGUAUGUCACCCUGAGAGACCUGAACUACACUAACAUUGAGAAAAUCUACAAGAAAAAUAAAAUAGCGGACAAGGACUAAUCAGAAACAAUCACUGACGUAGACGGGUGACACUUAAAUAUGUUGUUUUUGUGUCACGGGUCCACAUAAUGAAUAUCACACCUAUUCUAUUGUAUUGAUCUGCAGGAAGCAAACAUUGAGGAAUUGUGACGAGAUGCAGACAAGUGUAAAAUUGCAGGUAACUGUAAGUAUGCUUCCAAUAGAAAACCAAGGUGAAGUUUGGUGCAUUGCUGAAGUUGGACCGAGGUCAACUUUGACUGCAAUGCAUUAUUCAACAAUCCCUCCAGAGCACUUCCAUAGUAUAAAGCGUGCAAUCUCCAGCAUGCACUUUGGCUGGAUGAUUACCGUUGAGCUCUUACAGUCACUAACAGAGGCAACAUGUCACUCAGCCCUGAUUGUUCCGCAGCAGGUUCUGUUCAUCCCCUCUGGGCCAACUAUAGGCUAUGAGUGAAUUACCUACAAAUGGGUUAACGCUAAUGAGCCCCUAACUCACAGAUGACUAGUUAUCUAGGUAGUCAACAGUGGUGUUGCUGAACCCAGUUCUCUGCAGCUCAGAAACCCCUUUUUUCCAGAUUCAUGGAGCUUCCCAAGAGACAAACCGAGGACACCCACUAAUCACUAGGUGCUUCUUUUAUUUUAGUUCAUAUUAUGAAACUGUAAAGAAACAUUUUUAAUAAUGUAUGUGCGAGAGUGCAUGAGUGCACAUGCAAGCACACAGUGCCUGCUGAUGAGCCAUUUGGAAUCACAGAAUCCGUCCGCUGUCAAGCUUUUGCAAUUAAAACCUUUGACAAAAGACAGUGUGCUUCCUCAGAAUGAAGGUUUUUUAGUGAUUUCUGUCCACAUUUUUAGGUUAUUGAAAGAAACUGACACAGCACAAUUAUGGUGACACUAGUCAUGUGCAAUGAUGGACCGGCUUCACAUCAAAGGCACCUGCAUCUGCAACAAAGUCUCAACGUAUGGUUUUUCAAGCAUUUGAUUGCUUGAUUAAACACAUUUGACAUUGGCAGUAGAAAUAAAACGUUGUCACUAAAAAAGAAAAGAAACAAAAAGGUAAAAAAUAAAUCUGAGUUUGUUCUGAAAGAUUUGACAGAGAUUUGGGAAAAUUGGGAGUAAACCUCUGCAGUAUUAUUUUUUAAUCUUCCUUGGUUUAUUAACAAUAAAAAGCAUUACCUUUAUAAACAAUGUUGCUCUAUCAUGAUUAUUUGAAACAUUUGGGUUAAACUCCACGGCAGUGGUUAAGUACUGUGUAAUCAGACGAAGAUAAUAAACAAAAUGACUUUGUAAUUACAACUUUGAGCUUUAAAACAGCAGUUGCAGUGUCUUAUGGGUAUUUUGUCCAUCAUCAAGCUGUUCGGAAAGAUCAGUGAGUCUGUUUGCAUGUGUCCGUCUCUGGGUGAGCUCCAGGUCUUGCCUCCUUAAGCACUUCCAUCAUUUUCAUCUCCACCUUAAAGAAAGUAGCACAAUGAAACUAACUAGAAUUCAGGUAGAGAAGAACAAAAAACUUCUAUUAGCUUGACCUCUCUUCUUCUUUUUGUUUUUGUAUUUCCAAGUUAAAGAAUGGUGAUACCGUAAUUAAUCGUUUAUUGGGGGAAAAUCCUUUGGACUAAGAUGUUUUUACUGCUGUAUAGCAAAAUCUGACACACCUUAUCUCAGGAGGUUUGGAUCUCUGGUGCAGAGGGAGGACCUCCUGUCUUUUUUGAGCCAGUAUUCAGAAAAUGUAAGCACAAUGAACACAAAGCAUUUUGUGGCACUUCAUAAUAAAGAAUAAUCUUAACCAACCAAA